AUGGUUGUCCAAGAAUCUCAGGAGAACUCACAAACCCGCGGCAGCGGGUGGCAGAAGCCACCACAAUUUGAGAGGCAGCGUGAGGGUGAUGAUGUCAUCAUCAUCCGCCAGCCGGCUCCAAGGGAGGGGACGCUGCUAGAAAUUGCCGCUGAAGUCUCUGACCUGACCCUGGAUGUUGUCUCCGGGCUGAUAGACCUGGGUGCUGUCUACUAUGGUGAAACAGAAGCGCCCGGUCAAGCACCCAAAUGGCGCCGGGCCAACAGACUGGCAGAAGCAGCACCACACCACCCCAUAAAGCAGGGACAGUGGGUCAGGGUGCACCCCAAUCCCAAGCGCUAUCCAGCGGCACAGACCACAGACUGGGCUGCCAGAGUAAUUCAUCUGGAUGCUGACUUCUGCGUGGUGAACAAGCCUGCGCGCAUCCCUGUGCAGUCCCAUGAGAGCAACUCUGUGGAAACGGUCCCUCGCUGCCUGGUAAAGGCUCUGGGCCUUGAGCACUUAUGGAUGCUGCAUCGCUUGGACUACUGCACAACAGGCGUGCUGCUGCUUGGGCGCAACGAGCAGUCCAGCAGGCGCUUCAUGCAGGACAUGGAAGCCCACAAAGUGCAGAAGCAGUACAAGGUACUCACCCCUGUUCCUGUGGAAGCUGGAUUGGAGGUGGUCCAUUACAUGUACCCAGGCCCCUUUGGGUCCAGCCUGGAGGUGAUGGCUGGCAAGGGGCUGCGGGCAAGGGGACCUCGGCUUCUCAGCCAGCAGCCCAUUUCCACAGGCAAGGAGUGGAAAAAAUGCGUCCUCAAAAUUGUGGACACCAAGCUUCCACUGCAAGUCUAUGAGAGCACAGUGAACCUGUCAUUCGGGGGCAGGACACACCAGAUCAGAGCCCAGCUUGCCGCUAUUGGGGCGCCAGUGAUAGGGGACGUGAUGUACGGAGCGAUUGCCGGUGCGACAGUGUCAGACUCAGCCAUUGCAGACAACGAUCUGAUAAGGCGUAUAGAUGAUUGCUCUCAGAUUGACGGGCCGAUCGGCCUGCAUGCUUACAGCAUGACAUGGGAGGACAGAACUUACAAAGCUGUGGCCCCUUGGGAAGAAUGA